AUGGCUACGCUCCCGAAAGGCCUCAUGGGAUCACGGAGAACGUCGAACGCUCUCGAUACAGAACGGGAAAACUUCGAGAAACUCCAGGCCCUCAGCAUACAGAAGGCCAUAAAUUCGAGCGAGGGCUCGGUGAAAGAAAAACACGUUCGUUUCAUACUGAUCGGGACCCACCAGGAACGCGGUCCCUUCACCUUCUGGGAGUUCGCAAUGAGACUGCCGGUGCAAGAGAAUCCCAUUCUCGCUUGGAAAUUCUGCUACGUCGUUCAUAAACUCCUGCGCGAAGGCCACGACAAGUGCAUCAAUGUUAGCUUCCGGUACAUGAACAAAUUCGGGGAUCUUGGCAGACUUUGGGGACUCUUGAACGAGGGAUACGGCCGCCUCAUCGAGCUUUAUUGUGCCCUCAUUCUACAGAAACUCAAAUUCCACGCGAGAUAUCAAGGGAUCCCUGGCACUCUCACUCUCUCCGACGAGCAGCUCAAAGCAAUAUCCGAAGAUGAUGUCAACGUGACUUUCCAGUUCGCCUGCGACAUAUUCGACUACAUGGAGAAAGUGCUUUCACUACAAGCGGCUGUUUUCGGCUCACUGGACAUGGCUCGUUCCAAUUCGAUGACCAACUCAGGCCAAUGUCGUUUAGCGCCCCUGAUCUGCUGCAUACAGGACUCCUCUCAGCUAUACGAUUUUGCUGUCAAAAUACUGUUCAGUCUCCACGCGCAACUGCCCCCCGAUACUUUACAAGGACACCGCGAUCGCUUCCUCGCACAAUUUAAGCAACUCCACGUGUUCUACGCCAACUGUGCCAAUCUUCAAUAUUUCAAAACUCUCGUUCAGGUGCCUUCACUUCCGCCUCAUCCGCCUAACUUACUGAAGGCUUCGGAAUUGAAUUCCCACGUUCGACCCGUGGUCGUCCUACCAUCACAGCCGGAAGUCGCUGAGGAUCUCAUCGACACGUCGUCUCCGGUGAGGGAUCAGCGUCGUUCGAUUCUGGACGGCGCAAGCCCGCCACCUCCUCCGAGAACGGCAUCCGUGGACAAUGAUCUUGCGCGGCGCAAGGAUGAAAUUAUCGAACAAUUACUCAAGGAGCUAGAAGAAUCCAGAAUCGAUGGACAGAGGGCUCGUCGUGAAAACGAGCACGUCGUCCGUGAGCUGCGACUCCAUCAGGCUCAACAGGAGAACCAGCUCAGGUUGGAGCAGGACAACGUUCUGCAAUUGCAGAUGCAACUCGCGGCGCGCUUCGAAUCUCAGCAGAUCUCGGCUGCGAUGCAGGAACAGUUACAGCAACUCGAGAAGAAAGCCAAGCAAAACGAAGAGAAGUUCCUCAAAAUGAAGGAGGUUUACACCAAACUCCGCGAGGAACAUAUCGGAUUGCUCCGAGCAAAAGCUGAACUGGAGAAGAAGGUCCACCAACAAAGCUCGGAAUCUGCGCAGCACAGCGAGAAACAAUCCGCCUGGCACACCGCUCUCGUCGGAGUGGCCGAAGCCGUUCUGGACGGCGCUGUGUCCGAACUGGACAUUCCGUUCGAUCAGGAUCGUUUCCUGCAGAACGCUGAGAUUGUCGAGACUACUCUGAAGUCGAUGGGAGGUAACACGGUGGCAGACGCCGACGACGACUAUCAGCUACAGGCCACCUGCUUUACUCUAUCCCACCAGAUGUACCAGCUGCUGCAAAGUGCGAAGGCUAGUGCCCAUCAUUGCCCCAAUGUUGAGUCCAGCCACGACAUUGUGACGAAAGCUCGCCAAGUGGGCCAGACCACAAUCGAGUUGCUCAGAGGCAUCCGGAACGGUCGGGUCGACACAGCGGGAUGCCUUGGUCAUCUUAAGAGCUUGGUCUCGUGUGUCGAAACAUUGUGCCUCAAGGACCAGAACAAAACGAAUGAAGACAUAGGAUGCCUGCUGCAAGAAGAACUAUCGCAAAUGGACAGAGCGAUAGCUGAUGCUACGAAGAGAAUCUCGGAAAUUCUGGACAAGUCCCGAAGCACGGAUCAGGGUGUGAAACUUGAGGUGAAUGGACGGAUCCUCGACGCGUGUCGCUCCCUCAUGACCUCGGUAAUGGUCCUAGUCAAGGCUGCGAGAUACCUGCAGGAGGAAAUCGGAGGAUUCUCCAAGGAGUUCUUCACGAAAAACCACCGAUGGACCGAAGGUCUCAUUUCGGCUGCUAAGGUUGUCGGGAUCGCGGCCAAUCUCUUGGUGGAAGCCGCUGAUCGCUGUGUCGUUCAGGGCGCCAAAAUGGAGGAACUCAUCGUUGCUUCGCAGGAAAUUUCCGCAGCUACGGCGCAGCUCCUUGUUGCGAGCAAGGUCAAAGCUGAUCGGAAGUCGACGCGUUUGGCAGCAUUGGGUGCAGCGAGCAAAGACGUCAGAGAGAACACCGCGAACGUCAUCGCCACCGUAAAGAGUUGCCGCCAACAAGUUGAGGACACGAGGGACACUCUGGAAGGUUUGAGCCUGCAUCAGGCGAAGCGUCUCGAGAUGGAACUCCAGGUUCGAGUUUUGGAGCUGGAAACCGAUCUGGAGAAGGAGAGACUGCGCUUAGGUGCGCUGAGAAGACGGAACUACCAUGACGAAUAGAUCAAAAUAAUUCCGAACUCGGAAUAUCUAUGCUUGGAUCACGUUCAAAAGAAUCUCUUAACAAAAGGAGCUCGAAACUUCCCCUCAAGGAGACCCAGCUCCGUGGGAAUCCGUGGUGUCGUAGAGUUACUGGCUCCCCACUUUUUCUGAACUCUCGUUGAUCUGGGACUUCUAAUCGUAUUGACGGUUACAAUCUUUGCGCGUCAAUUAACAUUCUUCGAUAAGGUCCAGCUCGCUGAAAAAACAUUUAUGUAUUCGCUGCCGUUUGUGUGUGUUUAGAUGUUGCGCUAUAUAUUUGUUUCGUAUGAAGAACGAUCAGGAGUCGACUCACUGGGAUCCGCAUCCGAUGCUCCGAUCGAGAUGAUUGCUAAACUUGAUCAAAACCUGGGAACAUACGGGAGCGAAAGAGAUUACUGAUCUGGGAUCUCGUCUCGUCCGAUCGUCUUUCUGCGUAGAGAUCGACGCAUCAUUAAUAAUAUUGGUGAAAGUUUCCGAUAAGACUUCCUAGGGGUUGGCCCUACCCUCUCAUACAUCAGGUGAUGCCACAGCAUUCCUGGAAUCCGCGCAUGAGUAUUUUACAUACAAUAAUAAUCAAUCGAUCCGACUUGACCCACAACGAAUGCCAUAUAGCCGGAAAUACUCCUACGGCUGAAUCCUAAAAUACUUGGGUUGAUGGAGAUUCAGUCAAUGAUGCAUAUAUCUAAUGAUGGGAGAUAGCGAUGGCCUCCGAGGGAAGUCCGGCGACACAGCGGU